UCGAUAAGCGAAGUUUCAAUCACCGACAUCCCUAAAACACCAGUUGGAAGUUCAGCCUUUACCCAAUGUCGCGACGGCUAUAGUGGUAUCACAGGAUCAAACAUUGUACAGUGUAUGUCUGGAGGUAUCUGGAGUAUACUACCAACUUGUGCUGACAUCAAUGAGUGCGAACUGGAAGAGAAAGCUUGUGUGGGCAACUGUAUCAACUUCACACCCGGUUUUACCUGCACGUGUCUAAAUGGUACCUUUGGUUGCUUUGCCCAGGUAUCAGCACAGACGUGUGAAGCUACACAAGGCAUCACUAUCGGAGUAUUCAUUGGAACCUUGUCAGCAAGCCUGGUACUCGGUGCACUCAUUAUGUUCCUGUUCACACAGUUUGUACAGCGAAAGCGUCGCUCAACGCAACAGGAAAAUACAAGAUCGGAUAUAUUUCCUGAGAGUACAACACAUGCCACACCUAACAUGGCGUAUGAAGAUGCAGAGAUAGUGGAGACAACACUCACAAGCAGUGAAGCAUACGGAGUUGCUGGGACUGCAGACCCGCACAAUUAUGAGUUUGUAAGGCCUUGAAGAUUACAUGUACGGGAGCUCAUUCCACUGAUCAAAGCUUGUGCUCUCAACAUUCACACGCCAUCGCAAUUUGUCACCGCACCACCCUCUGCUUCCUUGUGUUUAAUGAAACUGGUUUCACUCUAAUAAAUCGCAUCGUCCAAACUUCUCACUGCUGGGAUUUCAUGCAACCAUAUUACUCGUAUUUCCUUGUGAGUUAAAUAAUUUAAACCGCGCCGCGUGCGUAUUAUUUGCAUACUCUGGCUUUCAAAGGUUGCAAACACAAACGUUUAGUGUGUCUUAGGAUGUGCAUAUAAAUGUACCCGUAAUAAUAUUCCCGCUAGUUCGCUUUGGUAUAAUUCAUCAUUGAACAGUUCGACCCGUCUUUGAGUGCAUAGUAUGACUGGUUCUAGCAUGAUAGACCUACUCGAAAUCAAUUACCAUUGCCUGCCCCUCGUUUGUACUAACUUCUCAACUCACCGUUGUUUACGGCAUUUAGGGCCUUUGGCUUGCCCUUUGCCGAGACACUUUUCGCCUUCAAGAAGGUUCUUCGAAAGGCAAUGCUCUUUAACACCCCAGUCUAUACCGAUAUAUAUAUAUUUUCCUCUGUUUCAUUCUUUUUGCAUUUAUGCUCUCGGCCCAUGUUUGAAUCUACCCUCACUUUCUUGUUUUGGCUCUUUCCAUUAUAAUCAUGCCUUCAAGUCCAGACAGUAGGCACAUUUCAAAAUUAUUCCUUGCGUGUUUCCAGUACCUCCAUUUCCAUUUCAUACGUU